UCGAGGCGCGCUGCCCCGGGCACAGCGUGGCUGGCGGCGCCGGCGCAGCGGUGCGACAUGUCCCACCAGACCGGCAUCCAAGCAAGUGAAAAUGUUAAAGACAUCUUUGUUGGAGCCAGAAAUGGAAAAUACAGGAUUUUGAAAAUAGUCAUUGACAAUGAGCAACUUGUUCUGGGAUCCUCUAGGCGGCCACUUGGAUCAUGGGAAAAGGAUUAUGAUCCUUUCGUUCUUCCUCUUCUUGAAGACAAGCAACCGUGUUACAUUUUAUACAGAUUAGACUCUCAGAAUGCUCAAGGAUAUGAAUGGAUCUUUAUUGCUUGGUCACCUGAUCACUCUCCUGUUCGUCAAAAGAUGUUGUAUGCAGCAACCCGGGCAACACUUAAGAAAGAAUUUGGAGGUGGUCAUAUUAAGGAUGAAGUAUUUGGAACAGCAGAGGAUGAUGUUUCACUGAACGGAUAUAAAAAAUAUUUGAUAUCACAGUCCGCCCCUGCACCUCUGACUGCAGCAGAAGAGGAGCUUCGACAAAUUAAGAUUAAUGAGGUACAAACGGAUGUUGGUGUAGAUACUAAGCAUCAAACUCUGCAAGGAGUAGCGUUCCCUAUUGCUAAGGAAGCUAUUCAGGCUCUGGAGAAAUUGAGAAAUAAGGAACUCAAUUACGUGCAGCUGCAAAUUGAUAUGAAAAAUGAAACUAUUAUUCUAGCCAACACAUUUCAUACUGAACUUAAGGACUUGCCAAAAAGAAUUCCAAAGGAUGCUGCACGUUACCACUUUUUCCUGUAUAAGCAUACUCACGAAGGAGACUAUUUGGAAUCCAUAGUUUUCAUUUACUCCAUGCCAGGGUAUACUUGUAGUAUACGGGAGCGAAUGCUAUACUCUAGUUGCAAAAGUCCACUUCUAGAAAUUGUAGAAAGACAGUUGUGGAUGCAAAUAAUUCGAAAGAUUGAAAUAGAUAAUGGCGAUGAGUUAACUGCUGACUUCCUUUAUGAAGAGGUUCAUCCAAAACAACAUGCACAUAAGCAAAGUUUUGCUAAACCAAAAGGUCCUGCGGGGAAGAGAGGAAUAAGAAGACUCAUCAGAGGCCCAGCAGAGACUGAAACACCCAGUGAUUAGAAACUGUUGUUUGCAUUAAUGAUAGGGUUUUACAGUAAGAAAAAAUGAAAUCCUGACUUUUGCCAAUGAACUGACACCAUUCCAUUUAUAGAUGCUAGAGAAAAAAAUGUUAAAAAUAUUCUUUCUACUCUCCCCUCUUCUGAACUCAGUACUUCCUUUGUUGUUACACAAUUAUAUUUGUUGACCAUAUUUUACAACACCUGGAAGUGUUAAUUAUUUUAAAGGUAGAAAACUAAGCUAGUACUCUUUUGUUUUAAAUUAGAAUCCAUUAUUUAAUAGCAAUACACGUGAUCAUAAACUUCACAGACAAGACUAUUAAGCCCACAUUUUCUGUGGGUAAGUAGCAGCUGUAUGUGUAGAUAAUGAACCUGCAUUUGUACGAGUAGCCUACUGAAAUCUGCAAGAUUUCACUUGUAUGAAGAGUUGAAGCUGUCAUUGUCCCAGAUAAAUCUUUAUUUUACCUGGUAACUUUCAUGGACAGUAAUGCAACAGAAUGUUUUCUUCUGUUUUUUGAUGUGAUGGAUUGUUGGGUUUGGGUUUUUAUACUACAAAGAUUAAAGUCCAUUAUCUGUUAGUUUAUGCAAGUACUUGUUCAGGAAUAGAUUAUUUUUAUUUUUUCCUGUGCAAAAGGUGGUCAUUUCAAAUUUACAACUAAUUGGGUGGGCUUGUCUCUUAAAGAAAUCUGACAUGAAACCACUACAGCUUUUCCAGACUUAGAUACCACUCAUCAGCCUUAUAUAUUACUGAAUGACCAAGUCUAAUGUGAUAAAAUAUGCAGUCACUAAACUCAGUAAAUUAUGGAGCUGCUUUCAAAGCAAUAAGCUUAAGGUUUCUUCCAAAUCAUUGAUUUUCUGUGCACUUGGAUCUAAAACUGCAAAUUCAGUGAAAAUGGGAAUAGACUUGCUUCGUAAUGCUGACUUACUGAGAUCCUGGUGUCAUUGCAUUAUCAACUGCAACUUGAACUUUCAGGUUAUUGUUUGAACUUUCAUAGUAAAUUAAAUCUUAAGCAAAAUCCAACUAGGUCUUUGCCUGGCACCAGGGUAGCAUUUUGUGGAAUUUGUCUAUUUUUUCUGCUUCUCAUCUAAACACUGAAAUCAGCCAGGAUAAUUGAACUGCAGCGAACCAUGAGUCAUCUGUUUAUUAGGAAGAGGAAAUAAUAGAUGAUUUUAACAAGGAGGUUAAAGAAGAAAUAGAUGUAGAAAUCAAAUGACCUUAAACAUUUUAAAAUUGUGUGAUGAGGCAAGUUCUAAAGGAUAGAUUAUGUUCCCCAGUGGGGACUUGCUUGUUAGUGUCUUGUAUUGAGCUUUGUAUUUUUGAUUAUUUCUUAAAACUAAUGGGAGUUGCAAGUCUUGGAUCACUGCAUAUAGGUGUUGGCUGUACACUUAGAUAUCUGAAUCAUUUGUUUACCUAAUGGAAGGUAGAUCUUAGAAUAGUUCUGUAAGGAAAUAAGGCUUAAACACUACUAGUUCCUGACGAAAACAAUUUUUAUCUCACGCUAUUACGCCGCUUGGUGAUCCUAACUUGUUAGUGACAUUUGAAAUUGCACUGUGUAAUAUGAAGUGCAAUACUUGCUAGUUUUAUGGUGUUUUUUUUUUUUCUAUAUGCAGUAGAGAUCUGACACCUCAGCUUUUUCAUUUAAUCUUAUACACUACAUCAGCCCAAUUCAGUAGCUCCUGAUGAUCCUCAGCUCAUCUCCCGCCCUCAGCUGCUGUUCCUUUUCUGCCUCUUGCCUUUCCCUUUAGGGCAAGGAGCGGUCUGAGGAAUUUUUCUUCUUGUGUACAUGUCACACAAGCAUCAUUGUUCUUAAACAUUGUUAAUGUGUAUGCAGCUUGCACACUGUAACUACGUUUAUUUCUAGUUGAAAUCUAAAUCCUAUCAGCACCAAAUUCCUUUUUUUUUUUUUUUAUAAGGUAAACAUGUGGCUGUAGCAGUUUAAAAAUGACUUUGAGAGGGCUUUUAGUUUGAAUUUAAUAGUCCUGUCUGCAUCUCAGCCAUAAGAAGUGCACAUACAUUUUUACCCUCAUUUGAGCUUAGCUUCUUAAUAUGAAAUAUUUUGAAUAAGGAACAGUUUGGCCGGAUAUGCUCAUAUGCAGGUUGUGGGGUUGUUUUUUUCAUCCCUUAAUCCUGCCCUGGGUUAGCGAGGGUAGGAAGUAGAAAGCUUAAUCUGGAGGAUGGCCAGAGCUGGUUAAGUGAUUACACGAACGAGUUUCUAAUGAGCUGCUGUACAGUUCAACCCAAAGCAGACAAUAAGUUAUUCUACUAACUUCAAAAUAUUUCAUGCUGUCGUACAGCCAGCCAGCAGAGUGAUGUCCUGAGUGUAUUCCCCUCUCCUUUUUCCAUAAAAGAGAAAGCUUGCAAACAGUUAUCUUUAAAUUAUAUGAAGUCUUGCACUGCCAGCUGCCUCUCUUGGCCCCUUGUAGCUUUUCUCCUGACAAAGCAAUAAGCAUCUUUCUUACAGAAAGAUCUACCAUGUUUACAUCUGCAUAGUUGCCUCACAUAACACUGCUAUUGUUAAAGAACAGUCAGAGCCAGCACAAAGUGAGGGCAUUAAGAAAAGUUAUUCUGUAAACUCUCUGGUCAUUUCAUAAUUGAAAGUGUCCAUUCAGAAUUGUUGUUGGCCUUCAUAAAUGCCCCACAGCAAUGCAGCUGCUUGCACUUAAUUCAUAAGCUAUUUAAUAGCUGCUAAUUAACGUGACAGGUAAUUAUUUUUGAAAUGUUUAUGUUGCCAAGUAGGGAGAAAUUGAUCUAAUAAACUUCCUGUCAAGGGUCUGUAAAACUAAUCAAAGUAAUAAUUGCUCUAUCAUACAGAUAAACACACUGAUAAAGGAAACUUUUGAUUUACUGUGUCUGUGUAUUCAAUGAAAAACACCUUCAGGUGUUGAAAUUACCUAUUUUGUAAUCUACUUUAUAAAUAAAGAUUGAUGCUUUA